AUGGCGGCAGUUACCAAAGCCAUCGAGCGAUGGGCGUGCGGCAGCGUCUGCACGAGCUGGUCUCGGACGGACACCAUAAUGGCGCAGGCUCCCACGCGACACAGCGACUUCCGCGACCAUCGGCCUCUACCCCUGUCUGAAAUCUACGAGCUGUACAGCGAAGUUGUAAACGAGGGGCGAUGGACCAACGGCCUGCUCGAGAUGUGGUUCUGGAAGAAUAAAACGGCCAAGUCUUCCGUCCACAUACCUUGCUGGGACUCCUUCAAGUGGAAUCCGCUGGCCUGGCGGGGGGCGUGCAUGGGAAGGACCUGCGAGGAGUGCUACUGGACAGGCCUGCGCCAGACGCGGUGGGCGCGGGCGGUGUAUGCCGCCAACCUGGGCCGUGAGUACGUCUUCCCCUACCAGAACAUCGGGCACAAGAGCUACAAGUCCGACAUCAAAGCCCUCUGCUGGAUGUACUGCCUCAUGUCGUGCGUGUUCAGCUGCGGCAUUGGCCAGAUCUUCUCCUUCUGUGGGAACGUGCUGUUCAACUUUGGGGCGUUCUACAGCUGCCACGCGCGAGAGAAAAUGCGACGACGAUACAAGUUGCCUUCGACCUUUGGCCUGCCUCCGGGCAUCGACGACUUCCUAGUGCACUUUCUGUGUUUCUACUGCGCCAGCCACCAGGAACUGCGAGAGCUGGCGGUGCGAGGCGUGGACGGACCCGGCAUGCACAUCCUGGACGUCCUCCCUAAUUCCUUUGCAGGCGCAGAGGGCUCCAACGAGGCGAUCAGGGAACGGGAGGAGCUUGUGAACAAGAUGACGGCGCACCCGCCCAAGUUCUUCAAGUCCAGGGUCAAACGCAACCCGCUAGUGCUGUCCACCGUGGUGGAGGUGGCCAAGGAGACGGCGCUGAGGGCUAAGCAGGGCGUCACCGACGAUGCCGGCUCCACCGCCACCUCGGCGACCAGCGCCGCGCCACUGGGCUGGAUCAGCUACCCGGCGGGCGCGCCCAGCACGCAGACCAUGAGCCGCGACGAGGUUGACGUCGAGCAGGCGGACCUCCUGCAUGGCCCUGACGGCAAGCCGGACUGGCAGGCGCUGGGGACGGAGCUGCACGCUGCACUGCCGCCGCUGCAGCGGGCCUGGAGUGUGGCGUAUUGA